GAGUGCGACUCCGAGCUGGUGUUCGCCGACAUGGUUCGCAAGAUUGCCAUUGUUCUCUGCCGGGCUGCGGCCCGCUCCCUGCAGCGCCGGCGGCGGACCUGGUUCCGGUCUCCUGGCACACCGGCCUCGGCUGCUGCCGUGGUUGCAGCCUACGUCCGGCUGACCUUGGAGAGGCGUCCACGGAGGAGCGGCAAGAGUUCCAAAGAGAUCUUCGCAUAUUGUUGGAGCAGGUGCAGAAGCUACACGGGCCAAACCCGCACCCAGUUCAGCAAGCCUUGAUGCUGUUGGAAAGUGUUUUUGCACCUGCUGAAGCUCAAGAGGAAGCCUGCUGGCGGCAUUUGGAGAUUUGCACAGAGCUCUUUGGCGCUGAAUCUCGCUGUGCCAAGUGGGCGCGUGAGCUGUGUCAAAGUCCAGAAAUAUGCGCCGAUGAACUUCGCCUUCAUGCACCAGCUUGUCAAGACCUCGAAGAAGGUAGAACAAUGCUGGGCGCCUCCAGAAAUCUCAUCAUGAAGGCUUACGCGAGGCAUUUCUCGAAGCAAUGGAGGCUGCAAAGAAGAGGUGCAGAGUUCAUUGCUUGCUCCUGA